AUGUGUUGUGUAUACUGUAUGUAAUUGUUGGUGGCCAUCUUUUGUUUAUUUGGGUUGACCUCCGAGGGAAGUCCCAACGACCACGUGGCCCGUGACAAACACGAGUUGGACAGCCCUGCCUACGCUACGGUGGCCCGUGAAGGUCGAAGGCCAACGUUAGGCGAUUGUGUCCCACUUUUAGACUCGCAGGACAAAAAACAGCUUGUUCGGGCAAUUUAUUCACACUCGCACUAAACGAAGUCUUCCUAAACUUGCGAUCAAAUGGCGCCGUUUGAGCGCCAUAAGACUAACAGAGGAACGUUCCGAUGUGUUUUUACAGAGUGUAGUAUUUUUAUGGUCGAAGGCGUUUGUUUUAGCGAUUUGCUUGGCGUCUGAAUGUCAAGUAUCAAGUCGAUCCAGUUUUCACUGUAUUUUGGGGUUUAGGGCUUUUCACACACACUAAAAGCAACGCCAGACGUUCCGCCUGCAAGCCCGAAAUAAGGGCAAAGUGCAGCAAGCACCGCUACGGUGGCCGGCGGGGAACAAAAGAGACGCGAUGCUAACGCGUCGCUAACACACACGCGGAAUUCCACGUCGAACCUGCGCCGAUUCUUUCAGGUUGCCAUUGAUUUGGAAUCGCCGCGGUUAGCUCAGCAGCUCAGGCUCCUCCGACUCGGCCUUUGUUUCCCGCACUCAGCCUGACCUCGUUCGCAUUUGAAUCGGGUCGAAUUCGAAUGGAGGAUUCAUCUGAUCCUCGAGAUGUUGGUGGGAUUUCGGCUCGUUUGCGUAUUCGAAGUGCAACCGCGUUGACUUUGACUCGAUGUCCUUCCCUAGCUCGGGCCAAAGCGUUCUGGGCCCAGGAGAACGUGGACCGGGUGUUCGACCUGAUGUCCGAGCACCUGGCUCACCUUCGGCAGGCGUUGAGCGCGAACACAGCCAGCGACGAAGAGCGCCUCCAGGCUUGGAAGCUGGCGGAGGUUCUGGACUGGACGCUUGUGUCGCCUUCGGGCAAGGGUCCCGUGCGCCGGCCGGUCCUCGACUCAGAUGGCGAGCGCGAGCGUCGCCGCUCUCCGUCGGCCGGCGAAGAUCCGCCGCCGGACAAAUCGCACGUGUGCCGCAAGACGUGCCUGCCGUCUCUGCCCGCCGCGUCGCCGUAUUGGGCGCGCAACCCGCUGAAGGUGCCGCUGCUGUGCGGUUUCAAGAGGACGCCGGCCACGCCGCCCGUGUCGUCCGACGACCGUCGGCGGAAAGAUGGCGAAGACGAGGACGACGCCGAAGUCCUUUACAAAGCUCCCUGCGGUCGCGGCCUCCGGAACUACGACGACGUGAUGUGCUUCCUGUUGGCCACGGACAGCUGCCACGUUUUGCAGCUGGACUAUUUCUCCUUUAGCACGGCGGUGCAGUUGGACCCGCCGACGGUCCGGGGCAGUCAGCGGAUCCCGGAGAUAGACCUGAGCCGCGGCUCCGAGCCCACCCCGGUGGAGCUGCGUCCGGGCCCCGGCGACUCCCGGCCGGCCGAAUUCCGCUACAGGAAGGAGCGCUGGCCGCACGGCUGCUUCCUGACCCGCGGACCCGUCUUCGACGCGUGUUGCGAGUGCACGGACGGCUGUCUGGACGCGGGGCGCUGCGCCUGUAUCGCCAUGACGCGAGCAGGGAAGCAUUACCACUACCAGAGACUCACCCGGCCUUUGCCGUCCGGUUGGUUUGAGUGUGGGCCGUGGUGCGGCUGCGAUCGGGCCCGUUGUCAGAAUCGACUGGUCCAGAGAGGGAUCCGAGUCCGCCUGCAAGUGUUCUGGACGGAGCGCUGCGGCUGGGGCGUGCGUUGCCGCGAUGACCUGGAUGCGGGGACGUUUGUGUGUAUAUAUGCGGGCGUGAUCAUGCAGAGGGUGCGACCAUCCAGUGAGCCUCCGCCCCCAAAACUCAGCAGAGUGGACCUGCCUUCGGAUGAUGAGGUGGAGGUGGUAACAGAGUGGCUGGCCCCCCCUGUACUGGAGGGGAGCAACUUGCUGGAAAACCCUGACCCCCCCACUUCACCGUCACUGCACGUUCCGGUAAUUCAGAAACCCGGCGACGUCCAAGCACACGAGAACAAAGAGAAGCCGAAGAAAGCUUUGGUGACCCCGAACAACGCUGAUGGCAACGGCAACGAAAGGAGCUCGAAGACAGCCCCGAAAGCCGAGGACGUUUGUUUGCUGGAUGCCAGAAAGGAAGGAAACGUGAGCCGCUUCUUCAAUCACAGUUGUCGGCCGAACCUUUUCGUUCAAAACGUUUUCACUGACUCGCAUGACCCCGACUUCCCGAUCAUCGCAUUCUUCACCAACAGUGUGGUGAAAGCAGGCACCGAACUGACGUGGAAUUAUUCUUCGGACGCACACGCGAUGUCGCUGGCCCGACAACAGGAAGUGCCGUGCGCGUGCGGCACGGAGGACUGCCUGGGCCAAUUCCUGGAGGAGAACCUUUGUGAAACCUGCCAGCUUGGAUUUUGUGACACAGCGGCGGCCGUGUGACCGCGCCACCUUGAUGCCCACUUCCACUUUUUACUAUGUUGUUUUCUUAAUAAAACUCACAAGUCGAGAGUCCGAGCGCACAGCGCGUAUCCGUAACACGACGCGGUUUGCAUACUUGAGUUGACAAAACAUCCGCUGCCUUGGUCCUGCUCACGUGACUUCAACUCAGUUUCACAACCUUUAUUGAGAGACUGAGAACAAUCUCAGGGCACAAAAUGUCACAAACUGUACUGUGAAUAGAUACACUAGAAUAAUGAUCUUGCACAAAUGUACUUAGUGUGUGUCUCCUAAUUCCAUCCGGUGCAUGACGAGCAACAGGUGGAUGUACAGGUCAAUUAAGUACCAAAUGUCAUUUAGUGGAACCACAUGCACACAUGACCACAGACACGCGAUCUGUUGUAAUUAGCAAUUCAGUGUAUUUGGAUCAUUGCGAAUCACUGUGCUAAUUCACAAGCUAACUCAUUGCUGGUGUGCCAUGCAAAUGUUUACAUCAACUUCAACUGGUACAUCAUUACCCUCCACCCAGUACGAAGAGUCGUCGAAUUUUCGGGAGGCCAAGCACCAAUUGACUUCAGUGGCUCGAAAAACGAAUGCCGGACUGUAGUUUAUAGAUUGCCUCAUCAAAUGACAAAUUCUCAACUAUAUAUAUCUAAAUGUUUAUCCAAACUGCACUUG